AGUCUUCUCCCAGAGCAGAGGAGACCUGUCUUCUCCUCUCAAAGACUCCCAUCACUGAUACUCCUCUGUCCACUCCCACACUGUAGAGAGAGAGAGAGAGAGAGAGAGAAUGGGGAGAAGCCCAUGUUGCUCAAAGGAGGGGUUGAACAGAGGAGCAUGGACUGCUCAGGAAGACAAGAUCCUCUGUGAUUACAUCAAAGCUCAUGGGGAAGGCAGAUGGAGAAAUCUCCCCAAAAGAGCAGGAUUGAAGAGAUGCGGAAAGAGUUGCAGACUUCGGUGGUUGAACUAUCUGAGGCCCGACAUCAAGAGAGGAAAUAUAUCGCCUGACGAGGAAGAGCUCAUCAUCAGGCUUCACAAACUCUUGGGGAACAGGUUCCUAUUUGGUCUCACACAAAUAAUUAUCGUAUCCUGUUUAGUAAUUGGUCAUUUUUUUUUACGAGCCGGAUCGCAGUCUUACGACUUUCUUUCAUCCUUGUCAUUAAUUUCCAGAUGGUCCCUGAUUGCUGGACGGCUUCCAGGCCGAACAGACAAUGAAAUCAAGAAUUACUGGAAUACCAAUCUGGGCAAGAGGCACCAGGAUCACCAUGCCUCAGAUGAUAGAAGUACCAAACUACCACUUGACACAGCCAAGAAACGCGCCGAGCCGGUGGCUGUGAGGACCAAGGCCUUGAAGUGCUCCAAGCAAGUGUUCCUCAAAGUCUCACGGGCCGAGACACCCGAUCGACUCAACUCGAACCAAACAUCAUCCGAGACCCGAGAUCAUCAAACAAACAUGCCCCCGGGGCCAAAUCCAGGAGAUAGUAAUAAUGGGCAAUCGUCACUGACCAAUUCAGAAGACAACAUUUCGGCUGAUGAUUCAAUGUUGGAUUUCAACAUCGGAGAGCUAUGCUUAUCGGAUCUACUCAACUUCGCAGACUUUUCAACAUCGCUGGCUUGUUCAUCGGAUCAUCAGCCUGAUGUAAUGUUGUAUGAAGAGUUGGAGACGAAUGUCGGGUUAAACAUGCAUCCUUUUGCUUCAUUUCUCGACUACUAUACCGGAGAGGAUCAAUGGUUAGGCUGAUGUGCACUAAAUCUUUUUUCACCUUUGGCUUCUUCCUCCUUUUACAUUCUGGGCGGGACAUAUAUGUAAAUAUAUAUUAAUAAUAAGUGCAUAUGUCUGUAUAUAUCUAACAAUCAUAAUGCGCAGAAAUGUAGUUUUUCCGGUGUAUGUAUUGCAAGUUCAUCUUUUAUGAUGAACGAUGGAAAAAAAGGGGGGCUCAUCUUUUAUGAAAUUUUUAUUAUCUCUUAAA